AUGGAGACGUCUUCAUCACCGAGAUUGGCGGUAUCUGGGCUCAUACAGCAGCUGAAAAGCGGCGAGAUUUCGAAAAUGCAGCUUUUUCAACAGCUCGCGAAGCUUCAAGCCGGAUCAAGUGCCUUGCCUUUUGCUCCUCCAGCUCCUCUUACGGUGAAUGCUAGUUUGACAUCCAUGUUGUCGAAUGAUAAAUUUUCAGAAUCUUCGUCAAAUAUGGGAUAUGGAACUCAUUCAGUGAUAGGAACUCGUGCUUCCAAUGUACCAGCCUCGUUCCCGAUUCCUUAUCAAUUGAACCAGACUCCAGUAGCCACCACACCAUUUUCUUUUGGUUCUGCUGUGGGUCCCUUUCCUUUUCCAAAUGUAUUGAUUCCGGACUGUACAAAAGCUUCACAUUCUUUUGGGAUGAAUCAUGCACCACAUUCUGCUGUUUCGCAAUCAAAAGCCGGUGGUAUUUUAGUCAAGAGUGAUGCCGAAAUUUUUGCAACCGGUGUUUCGCACGAAAAGGUAAAGCAAUUUAGUGUGCAAGAGUGGAUGUCAAGUAAAUCAAAGAUCCCAGCAUCGAACAACGUUUUGAUUCAACGUGAUCAAUCACACUCUCAAGUCGCUAACAAAGGUGUAAAAGUGUCAGAUACAUGUCAUAAAUUGUCCGUGGAUAAUUGUGGUGAAGAAGUGCCCGGAAUAAGUGCUGAUGCGGGCUCCUCACUGGACCUACUUUCGACUACUAGCAAAUUGCUGGAUUUUAGAAGAGCUGGUGCUAAUACAAAUGGAACAGUCGAAAGUUGGCCAAAUCAGGGGCUUACGUCUUCAGCCAAUAUCCCGGAAAAGAAGCCUCUUUUUGAAAAUAGCUCUGCUAACGACGGUAAAGCUGGGCAGCAUUACCUUGAUUUCACAGAGCAAUUCAAGGAUGAACGUGACGGCGAUCGCAUCUCGAAUUGUAGCAGCAACGACGGAGGCAAAGGUGGAAAUCGUAGUGUUAUUGAUGACCAAUUUCAUGCCCGAGUUACUCGCUGGAGAUCUCAGAAAGAUGCGAUUCGGGAACAGAUGAAGCAGCAACAAUUGCAGUUAGAGCUUGAUGAGUGCACUUUCGCGCCUAAAGUCAAUCCGAAGUCGACUAAAGUUGUUGCAAAAUUGCGUGAGCAGCAGGUAUCGAAUAUCCUAACUGAAGGACUCACCGCCUCGCAAAUUGUCUCUGAACGACUGUAUCAGGAAGCGGAUAUUUACAAGACUCGCGAGGAGCUCGCAUUAAAGCUUAAAGCGGACAAGGAGGCAGAGAUUGACCGUCAUUGCACGUUUAAGCCGAGAAUCAACCCAGGAGAAAGAGUCAAGGCAAAAUACAUGACAGCUCAGGCAUCACGCUCACCGUCGCUGACAGCAGCUUCGCGAGAAGCAGCUGCAAAAGAGCUUGCCGAGUGCACGUUUAAUCCCAAAGUGAAUGAAAUUCGAUCGGAAAUGGUAUCUGCACAGCUUUAUUUACAGCAAAAUAUUUACAAGCGCUUAAGCAAACCUUGGGUUAGUGAAGGUGAAGACCAAAAGUUAUCAGUUGGAGGGCGUAGUGAAACGAGAAGAAGUUUAUCUUUCAUUGGAGACGAUGAAAAUGAGGAUUGGCGUAACUCUGAUGCUUAUUCGCUGCCAUCAUGCCAAGACGACAUUUCAUUGCGGCUCGGUGGUAAUAGUCGACGUCGGCUAUCGUUAAGAACUGAUGAGGAGUACCACGGACCACGAUCUGUGGAUGCUAAACAAAGUCAAGAGAUGAGAGAAGAGCGUGCUCGACAGUUUAAACAAUUCAUCGAGCGGCAGAAAUUUUUUGAGCAAGCUCGACAUAAGCGUAUUGAACAAACAAAGCAACAGCUUACUCCUGGCUACAAACCAAACAUAAAUAAAAAUUCUCGUGCAAUGAUGGGAAAAGGGCGAAAAGGUACUUUCUUACAGCGUGUUAGUACGUAUGCGCGGCGAAAAGAACAUGGAAAUCUGAAAACAAAGUUCGUUCAAUCGUCGGAUCCAAACUGUACUUUUAAGCCUGCAAUAAAUCAGGCAAGUAUUAAGCGAAAGCCACGAUCAAUUAUUGAGCUCAGUCGUGGAGAUCUGCUACGACGAGAAACGGCCCAGCGGUUGAUGAAGCUUAAGAUGGAGCAAGAAGAGAUGGCGUCGCUGACUUUUCGGCCGCAGCUGAACCGCACGUCUGAGCGUUAUGAAGGUCGACUGAAAAUCACAUCGAGUCCCGAAACGUAUCUACAGCGCGUAAAGGAGCAAACUCAAGAGAGGUCGAUUAAGCAGCGUCGAGCAAUUCAACAAAAAGAAAUUGGAGAAUUUAAUGAGUGCACAUUUAAGCCUCGCACGAUUGAGGCUCCAGCGUACGUACAACGAAUAGCAAGAAGUGUCUCUCUUACAAAAGCGUUUCGUGCUCAGCACGAAGCCUUAGCUCGAGCUAAAGAGAAACCUGAAUGGAAGUAA